AUGAAAUCAGUCGACUCACAAAGAUUUCGCUUGCAAAACUUAUGGAUCACCAUUCACCAGUUUAAACCAAUUCGGAUGAAUCAUUCCUCGAACGGAACGAUAAAACCAAAGGCGAAUUUCGAUGCGGACGCUGCAGCAGAAUCAAUCGAGAAGGCGCUGACUGCAUCUGGAUGUGACGAAGUGGGAAUUAUUCAGAUUAUCGCGCAUAUAAAUAAUGCUCAAAGACAGAUGAUCAGAACUCCAUAUAGUGUGAAAUUUGGGAAGGAUUUGAUCCAGGAAUUAAAAAAGAAAUUAAGCGGCGACUUUGAAGACACCGUGGUUGGUUUAAUGGAAACGCCAACUAAAUUCGACGCUAUGCAGUUACGCAAAGCUAUGAAGGGUCUGGGAACGAAUGAAUCCGUUCUAAUAGAUAUCUUAUGUUCUCGGAAUACUUCCGAACUCGAAGCUAUCGCGAAUGAAUAUCAAAAUGAGUUUGGGAAAUCGUUAGAGGAAGAUAUCAUAAGUGAUACAAGUGGAGAUUUCAAAAACUUACUUGUCGCUUUACUUCAUGCAAAGCGUGAUAGUAGUUUUGGUAUGAACCAAGCAAGAGCACGUGAGGCUUCACAAAAAAUGUUCUCAAAUAAGGAGAAAAAAGGAAAACCAGAUAAAGACGUUUUUGUAAGUGUUUUCUCAACGGAUAAUUUUCGUCAGCUUCGCCGAAUCUUCAGUGAAUACUUAAGUAUGCAUGGAGAAACCAUACAGGAUGGAAUUGAGAGAGCAUUUAGUGGAGACGCUCGAGAUGCUUACAUUGCUCUUGUCAACUCCAUUGAAAAUAAGCCAAGAUUUUUCGCAAAGCAACUUCAUGCGGCAAUGAAAGGUCUCGGAACAAAUAACAAUGAUCUUAGGAGAAUAAUUAUAUCUCGCUCAGAAAUCGAUCUUGGUGCAAUCAAAAGCGAAUUUGAAAAUAUGUAUAAAAAACAAUUAUUGGAUUCCGUUAAAUCCGAAUGUUCUGGUCCAUAUCUGCAAAUGAUGACUGUUAAUGAAAAACUUGGCUCGAUAAAAAUUAAGGUCGAUUUCAAUGAUGAAUUGGCUGCCAUAGAGCUUGAUGAAGCCUUGAAAACAAAAGGAACUGAUAAGCGACGAAUUAUUCGGCUGUUGACAAGUAUUUGCAAUACUCAAAGACAGAUGAUGAUUAUACCAUAUAAAUUGAAAACGCAGAAAGAUUUAUUCGGAGAGCUUAAAAAAGCAUUUUCUGGUGACUUGGAAGAGACUAUACUUGCCCUUAUGCAAACACCACCUCAGUAUGAUGCAAGUCAAUUAAAGAAAGCCAUGGCGGGUCUCGGCACAACUGAAUCAGUUCUUAUUGAAAUAAUUUGUUCUCGAACAAAUGAAGAACUCUGGUAUAUCAAAAACCAGUAUAUGAAAGACCACGGAAAAAGUCUUGAAGCAGAUGUAAUUGGAGAUACAAGCGGUGACUUUCGAGAUAUUCUUGUUGCUCUUUUGAAUUCAAAACAACUCGAGGCCAGUAUAAAUGAAACACAAAUUAAAGAGGGUAUAGGAACUCGAGAUUCGGAUUUAAUAAGAAUUAUUGUUAGUCGGUCAGAAAUCGAUCUUGUUAACAUUCGUUCACUAUUUGCAUCGGUUUACAAGAAACCACUGGUUGAAUUCAUAAAAUCUGAAUGUUCAGGUGCUUAUCGGGAUUGUUUAAUUUCUAUUGUGAAUGGAAACUAA